AUGAGUAAGGACACCGAGAUCGAUAUGAAGGAUGUUGAGUUGAGCGAAUUAGACCAGGAGAAACUACCGAUGGCCGGCGACGGACCGGGGACUGAGAAGAACGGGAGCGUGAAGCUGAAGGUACCGGAUGAGGAUGUCAAGUUUACCGGGCUGUUGAAGGAAGAGCUCAUAAAAGUUUCUGGCACACCAGGGUAAAUUAAGAGAUGGUUGUUGUUGGCUUAUACUUUUUUUUAAAACUGUAUUGCUAGCUAAAUUAAACGUAAAGUUGCUAUAAAUCAAUUCGAAUUACUGAAUCUACAAUGUAGCUAUGUAUAUUCUACAAUUGAAACUUAUUUCACUCGGUUGCUGGUUCGAAUACCCGAGUAGACAAGGUGAAAUAUCUGUCGCUGUGCCCUUGACCAAGGCACUUAACCAUAAUUUGCUACAGGGGCGUUAUACUACUAUGGCUGUAAAACAACACAUUUCACUGAACCUAUCCGGUCUCUGUGACAACAUUUAUGUAUUUAUUUCUCCCCUCCAGGUGGGUGAGGACUCGCUGGGUUCUCCUGGUGCUGUUCUGGCUGGGCUGGGUGGGGAUGCUGGCUGGAGCCAUAGUGAUCAUCGUCCAGGCCCCCAGGUGUAAACCCCAACCUGAGAUGAACUGGUGGAAUCAGGGUCCUCUCUAUCAGAUAUCUGACCUGGGCGCCUUCAACCACGACAAGGGAAUCAAAGGUGAGGGUAUUGAUGAGGAGAUGGGACACAAUUAGCUUCAGGAAUAUCUACUAAGAUAAAACAGGAUAUCAUACACAGCAUUAUGGGUAAUGUAGUAGAUCAUACUGGUGGAACCAGGGUCCUCUAUACAGACACACAGACGUCCCCCUGCCCCAUUAUGUAGUAGGAUACCGUUACAUUUAAAGAACAUCUUAUUAGCGUCUGCCAUGAGAAAGGAGAACCCUUGAUUUGAAGGAAGUGAAUCUAGGUUGAGUGAGUUGUCAGGCUUGUGGUUAAAUGAGGCAGUCAGUCAGAGUGUCUUGUGACUCUCAGCUGCCUGUCCUCCAGCCUACUAACUGCUGACUUCGCUAACCGCUAUCUGACUCAAACUAGAGUUCAUGGUAGAACCCCCCCCCCCCGAAAAACGUCAUUUUCUGUUAAAAAAAACAAAAACAAAAAACAGACUUGUCAUAAUUUCAGUUUCAAAAGUUCGCUUGUUCGAAUCCGCGAGCUGACUAGGUGAAAAAUCUGUCUGUGCCCCUGAGCAAGGCACUUAACCCUAAUUGCUCCUGUAAGUCGCUCUGGAUAAGAGCGUCUGAUAAAUUGUCAACAAAUGUGAGUCUUUUGUAAGUUGAUUGUAGGACACGAGGGCCCAUUUCUAUCUCUUUCAGUUUUCACGUGCCGUUUUGGCUAACAGUAAACUGAUUCUAGACCCUUUUUCCCGUUAAAACACCUGACUGGCCUUGUUUUCCCUUCACACACCGGGACUGAAGGAAAGAUUCACACACACUUGCUCUGAGUCAGUACCUGCUCACUGAAGCACACUACUCCUCUUUUCUAUCUGUUCUCUUCCUCCUUUCUUAUCACCUCUCACCCCCCUUUCCACUGUCCCCUCUCCUCUGUUGCCCAACUGUCCCCUCUCUCAUUACACUGGUUCACCCUACCCCUCUUACACACUGGUCACCCCUACCUUUCCACUGUCCCUCCCCUCUCCAUUUUUCCCACUGUCCCCAUCCCCUCUUUCACACUGUCCCCUCUCCCCUCAUUCCACGGUCCCUCCUCCCUUUCCACUGUCCCUCUCUUCCUUUCCACUGUCCCCUCCCCUCUUCCACGGUCCCCUCUCCUUUCCACGGUCCCCUCUCCUUUUCCACUGUCCCCUCUCCUUUCCACUGUCCCCUCUCCUUUCCACUGUCCCCUCCCCUCUUCCACGGUCCCCUCUCCUUUCCACUGUCCCCUCCCCUCAUCCACUGUCCCCCCCCCCUUUCCCCUGUCCUUUCCCCUGUCCCUUUCCCCUGUCCCCUCCCCUUUCCCCUGUCCCCUCCCCUUUCCAAUGGCCCCUCCCCUUUCCACUGGCCCCUCCCCCCAUCCUAUCACCUUCUGACCUGUACAUGGUUGUGGUGAAGGGCCUUGUCUGUGCAGAAGGAUUCACUUCUAUCUCUCCCUUUCUCUCUCUCUCCUCCCCCCUCUCUCCAGGUGUAGUGGAAGUAUUAGACAGUCUGAACCAGUUGAAGGUGAAGGGCCUGGUUCUGGGGCCUCUCCACACUGUACUGCAGGACCAGGCAGACACACUAGACCUGGUCUCCAUGGACCCUCGGGUAGGAACUGACCAGGACCUGCUGGCUCUGCUGGACAAGGCCCACAAGAAGGGUGAGUGACUGGGACACAAACCUGCUCUGCACAAGGUGUGGUUGUUUGAGCUGCCGGUCUCUGAUCUGAGGCCUGGCUGUUUGUCCUAUUCAGCUGACAACAGUAAAUAUUAUAGUGUAAUAAUGAAUCUUGGGUUUUUAUAAACCCUUAAAAUACCUGAGCUCCCAAUAAUGAUCUCUCUCCUGACUGCAGCACUUUUAUUUCUGUCUGUCAGGUAUCUCGGUGGUGUUGAACCUGACCCCUAACCCUGGAGCUGACCCCUGGUUCAGUCCUGACCGCCUGCCUGAAGUACUGGACAAUCUGCGUGUGAGAGAAAGUGAUCUGUGCCAUUUUGAAUACCCUUCUUAAUGUCUUCUCUCUGUCCUCCAGUGUGCCUCUCUGUUUAAAUGAAUACCCUUCAUAAUGUCUUCUCUCUGUCCUCCAGUGUGCCUCUCUGUUUAAAUGAAUACCCUUCAUAAUGGCUUCUCUCACUCUGUGUGACUGGUCUGUUAGUCUAUUAACCACCCUACUCUAAUGGCUGAGGCAACUCUGUAUGUGAAAUGUGUCUAAUACAAUUAUUCAUUAAUUCUCCAGUCUGCUGCUAAACACUGGCUGGGUAUGGGUGUAGAUGGCGUGCAGGUGUCCGGCCUCGCUGCUGCCAGCUCCUCUCCUGAUUGGUACAAGGUCCAGGGCGUCUUCCAGGGCAACAGGACAGAACAAGUUGUGAAGAAGAGGUAACUUUAGGUCAGACAGGAAAUAGAUGUCAACAGGACAGAACAAAGAUGUGAAGAAGAGGUAACUUUAGGUCAGACAGGAAAUAGAUGUCAACAGGACAGAACAAAGAUGUGAAGAAGAGGUAACUUUAGGUCAAACAGGAAAUAGAUGUCAAAAGCGUAACUGGAGGUCAAACACGGAAAAGUUGCAGCGAGUGUAUAAAGGCUCUUUUCAAACCAGACAAACAGAUGCGUAAAAAACACAGCUACUCAUCAUGGGCAUUGGUUUAAAGCCACCCUAACACAGACAAGCCGCCCUAACAUAGACAAGCCACCCUAACACAGACAAGCCACCCUAACACAGACAAGCCACCCUAACACAGACAAGCCACCCUAACACAGACAAGCCGCCCUAACACAGACAAGCCGCCCUAACACAGACAAGCCACCCUAACACAGACAAGCCGCCCUAACACAGACAAGCCGCCCUAACACAGACAAGCCGCCCUAACACAGACAAGCCGCCCUAACACAGACAAGCCGCCCUAACACAGACAAGCCGCCCUAACACAGACAAGCCACCCUAACACAGACAAGCCACCCUAACACAGACAAGCCACCCUAACACAGACAAGCCACCCUAACACAGACAAGCCACCCUAACACAGACAAGCCACCCUAACACAGACAAGCCACCCUAACACAGACAAGCCGCCCUAACACAGACACUGUGAGGAGGUAGCUGCCGGGAGGCUGCAAGGCUUACGGCUGCAUCUCAAUAGUCUAUAAAGUACUUUUCCUCUCCUUGACUCAUCUGCUCUGAUGGUCAGAACCUGGCUUUAAUGCCUGGGUCGUGGCUCAGUUGACACGUUGUUUUGAUCAGUGUAGUCGGAAAUCAGAAGGCUUUAGUUGGAUCAGGGCUCAAUAAAGUCUGGGGAACCCAGGGAAAGGGUGCAGUCUGCAGUCAAACGCAUGCAGUCUGUCUGGCUAAUACAGAGUAGUGCCCUCCCUUGGCCAGUUAGGGGUACUGUGGGAGUCGGGUCUGUUCAUGAAGCGUCUCAGAGUAGUAGUGCUGAUCCAGGAGCAGGUCCCUCCUGUCAUGUGAUCUUAUUAUGAUCAUGUGAUCUUAUUAUGAUCCUAGAUCGGCACUCCGACUCUUGACUCUUUGGGCCGGUUUGCUGGACACAGAUUGAGCUUAGUCCUGUACUAAAAUGUACUUUCAAUAGAGAUUGUCCAUUGAGAGUAAUAUUGAACAUGUUCUAAACUCCUCCUCUUCCUCCAGAGCUCUGAUAGGAGUGGUAGAUGGUCUGUUCUAAACUCCUCCUCUUCCUCCAGAGCUCUGAUAGGAGUGGUAGAUGGUCUGUUCUAAACUCCUCCUCUUCCUCCAGAGCUCUGAUAAGAGUGGUAGAUGGUCUGUUCUAAACUCCUCCUCUUCCUCCAGAGCUCUGAUAGGAGUGGUAGAUGGUCUGUUUCUAAACUCCUCCUCUUCCUCCAGAGCUCUGAUAGGAGUGGUAGAUGGUCUGUUCUAAACUCCUCCUCUUCCUCCAGAGCUCUGAUAGGAGUGGUAGAUGGUCUGUUCUAAACUCCUCCUCUUCCUCCAGAGCUCUGAUAGGAGUGGUAGAUGGUCUGUUCUAAACUCCUCCUCUUCCUCCAGAGCUCUGAUAAGAGUGGUAGAUGGACUCCUCUGCUGUCUCUCAACUCCUCUGGUGUGGACCUGCUGUUGUCCGAUGUCCUCACGACCCCUGGAGACUCAGGUAAACACUGACGAAGAAGACCAGGAAGAGGAGGAGGAUGAUUUGCUAAAAUGGCCCUACACACACACACACACACACAGACAGCCACACACACACAGACAGCCACACACACACACACACACACACACACACAGACAGCCACACACACACACACACACACACACACACAGACAGCCACACACACACACACACACACACACACACACACACACACACACACAUCUGAAUUACCAAGCUAACCAUAAUGAUAUGACGAAAGACAAUAUGAAAAGACACACACUCCCCAACACAUGUACCAAAAUCUUAAACCUCAACAUAAACCUAACCAUCUCAUCCUCCAGGUGUCCAGAGAGCCCAUGUCCAUCCAGGAUCUGAUCUCUCUACCCAGAAACAGAGCUCUCUAGCCUGGGGACUAGGAGGGACCAGGGGGAACCACCUGGCUAGCGCUGGUGGAGAAACCAGAGCUGGUGCGGCUCUACCAGGUACAGGAAAUCCUUCCUGCAAGCGUGAAGGUGUACUUGCGGAUGAUUGACAAAAUCAAUUUCCCCUGGAUGGGUAAUCAAGUAUUUAUUCUCAUCCCAGCUACUUCUGUUCACUCUGCCUUGGAACUCCUGUCUUCAACUAUGGAGAUGAGAUGGGGAUAGUUGGCUCCACACUGAGGCUGCUACUGAAGGAGCUGCCAAGGUACAGACUGGUUAUACUGCUCUCUGGUACUAUACGUGUUGUUUUAUUCAAAUUUUGUCAAAUGUUUUAACUGAGAAGUUUGGCUAGUAAAAAAAACUGAAAUUCUAAUGCACUACCAAGGUUUUCCAGCACACAGCUUUGACCUACUACAGUAGCUAUGUUGGUCUAGUGGACUUCAGUCAACAUGUAUCCACCAAAGGGCAGAUUAGGAUUCAAACCCUCCAACAGCCAAUUUAUAUCACCCAGUAUUGUUGGUCUCUCUCCUCUCCAGGCCCAGAAGACUCAUCGUCUGACCUGUCGUUCGUGGUUUAAGACCCUCUCUGACCUGAGGGGUGAAGAACGUUCCCUCCUUCACGGGGACUACUUCCCCCUCCACACCUCCUCCUCAUCCCUCAUCACCACCCUAUCCAUGGUCCUCAACGACCCA